AUGACUGUCAAAGCUAUAAAAAUGUCGUGCACCACCCCAAAUGUUUAUACUAAAGUGCCUGAUGGAGGAUGGGGAUGGACUGUUGCUUUUGCUUUCUUUGUUGUGGAAGCACUUACAUACGGUAUUAUAAAAUCAUUUGGAGUCUUCUUUACUGAUUUGAUGGAAAGCUUUGAUGAAACCAACAGCAGGAUAUCGUGGAUAAUUUCAAUAUGUGUGUUUGUACUAACUUUUACAGCUCCCUUGUCUACAGUCCUGAGUAACCGUUUUGGUCACGGUCUUGUGGUGAUGGUCGGAGGUAUACUGAUCAGUAUUGGAAUGGUCACAGCCUCCUUUGCACGCACAGUUGUCGAGAUGUAUAUCACAAUUGGCCUAAUUUCUGGCUUGGGAUACUGUCUGUCUUUCCUCCCGACUGUCACCAUUUUGUCACAAUAUUUUGACAAACGGCGUUCACUGGUCACUGCAGUGGCAUCCACAGGAGAAUGUUUUGCUGUCUUCUCUUUUGCGCCAGCUAUCACCUCUUUGAAGGAGCAGAUUGGUUGGCGAUACAGUCUCCUGAUUGUUGGGGUGCUACAGUUAGGCAUUGUUAUCUGUGGAUCACUGCUGCGACCUAUUAUUAUCCAAGCACAGGAAGAAGUGAAAGUAUUACCAACAGAAGCGCAUACAGAGACUAAGUACAUGCUUGAAAAUGAGCAAACACGCACCUCAAUAGAUUCAAUUGACUCAGGAGUAGAAGUAUCUACCUCACCCAGCAGUGUGCCUGGAAACACCAAAGCAGAGCUGAAAAGUGAAGAACCAAAGGAAACCAUACAGAUGCUUGAUGAAGCUAGCAGCUCCCCGAAAGAACCAAAAAUCCAACUACUGGACUUCUCUGUGAUGAAAGACCACGGCUUUAUUUGUUACGCACUUUUUGGUCUAUUUGCUACUCUGGGAUUCUUUGCUCCGUCACUCUACAUCAUUCCUCUCAGCAUCAGUCUUGGUAUCGAUAAGGAUCGUUCUGCAUACAUAUUGUCUGCAAUGGCCAUUGCUGAAGUCUUUGGAAGAAUUAGUGCCGGUUGGGUUCUCAACAAGAAGCCUAUCCGCAAGAUUUACAUUGAACUCAUAUGUGUCAUUCUGCUCUCCAUAGCUCUGUUUGCCUUCCCUCUUGCCUAUGGAUUUUGGGGAUUGAUGAUAUGUAGCAUAUUUUUUGGGUUUAUGCUUGGAACUGUAGCGGGCACACACAUUCCAAUGUUAGCCGAAGAUGACGUGGCUGGUAUUGACAGGAUGGCUUCUGCAGCUGGAGUCUAUGUCUUCAUUCAGAGUUUGGCUGGGUUGGCUGGACCACCCCUUGCAGGUGUGCUAGUGGACGUGACACAGAACUACAGAUCAGCAUUCUACUCCUGUGCUGCUGGCAUGGUACUGGGUGCUGUGUUUCUGUCCUUAGUAAGGCCAUGCAAGACAGUACUGUGUCAAGGUCAGAAGCAGGGCUUAGAAGAAAAUGCAUCGGAAGCUUUACAAGACCUACCAGAUGACUUUAUUGAAAUGGAUCUUGGAAAAAUAGAUGAUUCAGUAAGAAGCUGUGACAGCAUAGCAUAA